AUGCGCGGUGAUGCGAGAUUGUCCAAUGCCACUGUGACUCUCUCUCACCACGUUCCGCAGAAGCGCUCUAGCCGCUGCGCAUGUCCUGCAACGAUCAAUCGCUCUCCUCCUGAACGCACAGCUCACCUCAACUUCCUCGUUCCAACUCUCCUUGCCCCCUCUUUGCCUCUCCAUGCCCCCCUUCCUAUGCUACUACCCUGUUAUCACCCCGCCUUCCCUCCUUUCCCUCCCUUUCCUCCUUCCACUCCCUCUUCUCAUCCCCUCUCCCAACAACCCUCACUCAUCUGUCGUACAACCCUCUUCCGGUCCCUGCGUGCCCCCAUGCCCCUCCCCGCGUUGCUUCCCUCCCCCCACACUCCACCGUGCCCGCUGACCUCCGUGAGCCCGCGACUGCACCCCCUGCGUCCAACCCUCUCCUGCCUUCGCUGGCAGUCAAGGUGUUUUGCACGUGCUGGCAGCGUGGGGGCAGCUUGGGGGCGGCUGGCAGGCGUGGUCGGCCAGCAGCGACUGCUCCACCGUGCAGGGCGUCGCAUGCGACGCUCGCAGGCAACGUCGUCUCCCUGGUACGUGAGGCAUGUGAGUGCUGCUCCAGCGCAUGUGAGUGCUGCUCCAGCGCAUGCGAGUGCUGCUCCAGUGCAUGUGGGUGCCUUCAGAGUACUCUCAGCCCGCUUGCCAGGGGCGUGCCAGCAACGUGUGCAGGCAUCCCUCUCCUCACCUCAGUACAUUGCCCCAUCUGUAGUCCUUCCACGUCUCCCCUCCCUCUCCCUCUCCUAA